CCGCGGCGGGGAGGGAGAGCGGGGAGGAGGGAGAGAGGGAGGGAGAGAGGGAGAGAGAGCGGCUCAAGGUCGGCGUGGUUCUGCCCGCGGCUCCGCUGUGCCCGCAAAUGGAAUACGACUGGCUGGGCUUCGGCUACGCGGCGCUGGUGGCGGCGGGCGGCGUCGUCGGCUACGCCAAGGCAGGCAGCGUCCCUUCACUAGCUGCUGGUCUUCUGUUUGGUGGCUUAGCGGGACUAGGUGCUUACCAGCAGUCCAAAGAUCCAAAGAAUGUGUGGCUUUCCCUCGUGGCGUCUGGAACCUUGUCUACUGUUAUGGGAAUGAGAUUUUACAACACCAAAAAAGCAAUGCCUGGGAUAAUUGCCGGUGCCAGUUUACUGAUGGUUGGACGGCUUGGACUGCAGAUGAUGGAUAAGCCUCUUAAGCCAUAAAUCUGCAUCAAGUUACUUGAAGAUAUGUGAUUGAGAAGCCUGAAGCUGCAACUGCUUAAAUGUGCUGCACAAAAGUGGAAAAGACACUGCUACCUGUGCACUGUAUUUUUCAUAUCCUAACACACUUGGGUUGUGUUUUUAAAGGACUGACAUAGAGAGGCCUUGUUAUGUCUUCCCAAAUGGUAUCUGUCUUAACAUUUUCUGCACUGUGAAGCAAGAAAAUAUGACUAUAGCAUUAGUUUAGCUUCUGGUCCUGCAGCUUACUGUAGGCAAAGACCUCUUGGCCCUUGUAUGCAGACAGUUGCAGGAUUGAAGCUUAAAUGUACAUCUUGGUUUGUCCUUCUAAAAUCAUGUGUACCUCUAAAACAAGGGAAGAGGAGUUGCCAGUCUGUCACUAGUAAUUAAGAUAAUAAAUGUGCUUAUAACAUUACAUCUCCCUUUCCUUGCCAGUUUAUCUGGUCACAAUGUUUGUCAGUCAGGGACUGUGUUCUCCCAGCACUGUGUGUCAGAAGCUGGUCCCACAAAACAUAAUCAUGGAACAGGCUGUUGAGGUUCUGCUGUAAUGCAAUGAAUGCAGACCCGUUCCUUGCAAUUACUUGUAAGCAAAAGUGCCCAGCUAUAUGUAAUUCAUUUCACUUUUACAGAUUAUUAUUCAUAAAUCAAAAAGAUGCUUUAUUAGGCAAUGCUGAAUUGCAGGCAUAGCUUUUAUUAAAAUGUUAUUUUAAAUAAACUAACAAAUUAUUA